AUGCUUGCUAUGCUGUGGCAUAGUAACAAGGCCAUCACGGACGACCUCGGACUUUUGAACAAAAACAUACAUAUCGCUGGACAGCGCCAGACAUUCAUGUUCGCCGUCACCACGACCGACACGCUCAGUGUCGCAGACCCUGCACUCCUCAAGAAGGCGCCCUCCUCCAUCCCAUCAUGCCUGGACCUCGUCGAAGCCCCAACAGCGAGUGCAUGGUCACCCGAUAACUCUUUUCUGUACAUCUCCUCAGCGCGGACGAUACACCGAUAUGACCCAACGACCAACAUCCUGCGGGAUGUGUAUAGCCUGGAGGAAGUGGAGGAGAUACUGCAUAUUGCCGUGAAGGACAGGACCACCAUCAUCCUUGCGGCAGGAAGCACGAUUCACGUUUUGGAGUGCGGUUCAAGCCCAGAGAUAAUCCAAACAUUCGACUCGCACAAAUCACCCAUCACCUCCCUAUCUCUCUCCAACGACAACACCCUCCUCGCAUCAACCUCUUCCGGGACCGCUCAUGUGCACAACCUCGCACUGGGAUCGCAUACGGUGCUCAAAGGGUUGAACGGGCAGGACGUUGGCACCGCCGUCUUCAACCCGCACUCGCGGACGCGGCUGCUCGUCUCAUCGCGGAAGCAGCUUUUGGUGUACGAUACGACACGCCCUUCCGGACCAGUCAAGACCGUCACCCUGGCCGACUCGUGCACGAGAGACAUCACCAGCGUAGCCUGCAGCCCUUUCAGCAAGACCCUGACAGCAGUAGCUACUCCAGACGGCUUUGUUGGGCUGAUCGACCUCGACAAGGAGAAAGCUCUUUUCCGAAUGCUACCUGUCAAACACCCACUCACUAGAAUCGUCUUCUCACCUGAAGGAGGUUGCAUAUAUCUCGGCACAGAGCACGGAAGCCUCCUUCUCGUCGACUUGCGAGGUUUGGACAAGCCUCCUAAACCUAUUAUCGUCAGUGAGACUGGCAACAGGGUUCAGACUAUAAGCAUACAGAAAAAGACCAAGUCGCCAGCGGACCCAGCCACAAGAGCUUCUAUUACCACUUCCACUAGCACAACGAUGAAGACGGCUACAGAGGCCCCGCUACCCGCCAGACGAGCAACAUCCAACACGGCGACGCAGGCAGCGAAGCCUGUACCGAAAGUAGCACCGUCUCCUGCUCGUCCACGUGUAGGAAAGGCAACGGUGGUGGCACCGUCGCCUAUCGCCCGACGAGUGGCGUCGUCUGUCAAAGGAGGAACACCGGCGUCGCCUGUACCACUCCGGAGCGCGAAAGCCGCGUCGGAGAAGAAGGUUUUGUCGCCUGUUAGGGAUCCCCUUGGAAAUAGUGGAGAUGUUGGAGGCCAACUCGACCAACUCGCAAAGCUCCACCGAGGCAAGCCCGACAGCACACCCCUUAAAUCCUCCAAGAGACCCUCAGCCGACGCUGUCCAACCCGUACCUUCGUCCUCCCGACGAGCAACCGCAACGAGCGCGAGCAAGCUCGAAUCCACCAAAUCCUCCUCCUUAGCUUCCACCACCACCGCCACCGAGGCCUCCCAACCCCGGCGAGCACGUACCCUUCCCUCUUCCUCCUCCAGUACGCUCGCCACACGCAAAUCAUCUACCAUUGCCAGUAUAACCGAGUCCGUCUCAACGACUGAUAGGCUGGCUGUCCCCAACCCGAAGGGAAGCCCGGUGAGGAGACAAAGGACAACGUCGUCUGCGUCCAGGGCGAGUGCGGUGGAUGUGAUUUCUAGUGCCUCGACUGCGAGGAAUGGGGCUGGAUCUGGGACGAAGGCGGAGACGACGAGAAGGGUUUCGGGCGCUACCAGUGCGACAUCUGUGUCAGUGGUGUCGCCGACGUCGCCCUCAAGGCCUUCUUCAACUACCUCCGCGUCGGCGGUGUCGCGUUCCGGGUCUGGCUCUGGCUCUGGCUCCGGUUCUAUGGCGUCGCGCAGGAGCAAGGUGUCCAGCAGCCUGGGACACGAGCUCAAUGAAGAGCCCGAGAACGAGGUCGUAACAGCAAGGAAACUAGCAAACAGGACGCCCUCACCUGACUUCCCAGACGUGCACGUUGAGCCUGUCACGCCUGUGCCUGUCCAGAAGCUUAGGCAGAAGGAGAGCGCGAAAGCGGAGCUCAAAGAGGCUGAGGGGGAGAAAGUGCAAGACGGGGAGAAGGGCAAGGGGAAAGACAAGGACAAGAAGAGGGGCAUGGGUGUCCUCGGCCUUGGCACGCCUGAGGUCGAGCGGUGGGUUCAGGCAGGGAAGGCGGGUGCCAGCGCCGACCUCAAAUCCAACCCCAGUGCGAAAGAGGCGCAGAGAAAGGAGAGCACGAGUAAAGGAAAGAGCGUUGGAUUCAAGGAUGCUUUCACCUCUGACGACGAGGAGGAAAGGGAGAAAGUGCUGGAGAGGGAACGCGAGCGGAACCUAUCCCUCCAAAUCUCCCCUCGCCGACCUGGCGGUCUCCCGCCCAGCGGCUCAGACUCAGGGGUAAGCGCGAGCUCAUGGAACGCUGCGCUCUCCUCCGCCUUAUCCUCCGCCUCCUCUCCCGCCCCAUCCUCCACUUCCGCCGACCACACAGACUAUGUUGGUGCAGCGACGACAGCACCACCAACCAACACCUCCGCUCACGAGCUCCUCAAAACUAUCAUCGAAGACGUCAUGUUCGACUUCCAGCGCGAGACCAAGGCGGAGAUGAUGGGUCUGCACCUCGACCUCCUGCGUAUGGGCCGGGGGUGGAAGAAUGAGCUCCGGGUGCUGAUGGAUGAGUAUGUGGGUGAUUUAAGGGAGCUGAGGGAGGAGAACCAGCGGUUGAGGGUGGAGAAUGAGCGGUUGCGGAGGGGGACGUACUAG